AUGAGGCCACACAUAAUCUUUUGGCUUUUCUUUAUACCAAUCAGCUUAAUAAAUUCCAGCACUUCAGAUUUUGUGGUGAAUGGCCACUGUCUCAGCCAUCAGCAUUCCUUGCUGCUCCAUUUGAAAAACAACCUCAUAUUCAACCACACGAAAUCCUCGAAGCUAGUUCAUUGGAACCAAAGUGAUGAAGAUUGUUGCCAAUGGCAUGGGGUAACAUGCAAAGAUGGACAUGUUUCAGCCCUUGAUCUUAGUCAUGAGUCUAUCUCGCAAGGACUUAAUGAUUCAAGUGCUCUUUUCAACCUGCACUAUCUCGAGAGUCUCAAUUUGGCUUUCAAUAGCUUCCAUACUGUGAUUCCUUCAGAACUGCAUAAGCUGCGGAAUUUGAAGUAUCUAAACUUGUCAAACGCUGGCGUUGAAGGACAGGUCCCAAAAGAAAUUUCUCACCUCACAAAGUUGGUUAUGCUCGAUUUGUCUUCUUCAGUUACUUCAAAUCACAGCUUAAAACUUGAGAAUCCAAAUAUAGAGAUGUUGGUGAAAAACCUCACAGAUAUCAGAGAAUUGUAUCUAGAUGGUGUAACAAUAUCUGCCAGCGGAGAAGAAUGGGGUCGUGCUUUAUCCUUAUUGAAAAGGCUUCGUGUUUUGAGCAUGUCAUCGUGUAAUCUCUCCGGACCUAUUGAUUCUUCACUAGCUAAGCUUCGGUCGCUCGCUGUUCUAAAAUUGAACAACAACAAUUUGUCAAGCAUAGUGCCAGAUUCCUUUGCAAAUUUCUCCAAUUUAACCAUCCUACAUCUCAGUAGUUGUGGUUUGAAUGGUUUUUUCCCAAAUCACAUCUUCCAAAUACACACAUUAGAAGUCAUUGACAUAUCAGACAAUCAAAAUCUUAAAGGUUCUUUGCCAGACUUCCCAACACUUGCAUCUCUUCACUACAUGAAUCUUGCCAAUACAAAUUUCUCAGGACCACUUCCAAAUACUAUCUCAAACCUGAAGCAGUUAUCAACCAUUGAUCUAUCUUACUGCCAAUUUAACGGAACACUUCCGAGUUCAAUGUCAAAACUCACCCAACUUGUUUAUCUAGACAUGUCAUCCAAUAACCUCACAGGUCCACUCCCUUCUUUCAAUAUGUCCAAGAACCUCACAUAUCUAUCCUUAUUUCUCAAUCAUUUGAGCGGGGAUUUGCCAUCAAGCCAUUUCGAAGGCCUUACAAACCUUGUCAGCAUUGAUCUAGGAUUCAAUUCUUUCAAAGGGAACUUGCCCACAUCUCUACUUAAGCUCCCAUAUUUGCGAGAACUAAAACUUCCCUUUAAUCAACUGGGUGGUCUCUUAGGUGAAUUUGACAGUGCAUCAUCUCCAGUAUUGGAGAUACUUGAUUUGGGAAGCAAUAACUUUCAAGGAAAUAUUCCUAUCUCUAUCUUUAACCUUAGAACUCUUCGUGUCGUUCAACUUUUUUCCAACAAGUUCAAUGGUACAAUACAAUUGGAUGUCAUUCAAAGACUACACAAUUUAACUACGCUAGGUCUCUCACAUAACAAUUUGUCCAUUGAUGACAACAUCAGAGAUGAUCAUGAUUGGUCACCCUUUCCAGAGAUCAGAUUUGUUUCGUUGGCUUUCUGCAAGCUAAAGGCAAUCCCAAAUUUCUUGAGAAAUCAGUCGACUUUGACAUAUCUUGACCUAUCUGGAAACGAGAUUGAAGGAUCAAUACCAAACUGGAUAUGGAAUCUUGAAUCUAUCAACAACUUGAAUCUUUCCCAGAAUUAUUUGACUAAUUUUGAAGAAAGAAAUUGGAACGUAAGUUCUAAUCUUUUUGUGGUUGAUCUUAGUUCUAACAGACUCCAAGGGCCUAUUACAUUCAUCCCGGAGUACGGAAUUCAUUUGGACUACUCAAGCAACAUGUUGACCUCUAUUGUACGACCAGACAUCGGAAACUAUCUCCCUUUCAUACAAAUAUUGAUUCUUUCAAACAAUAGUUUUAAGGGAGAAAUCGAUGAAUCUCUUUGCAAUGCUUCAAGUCUUAACAUGCUAGAUCUUUCAUACAACAACUUCGAUGGGACGAUUCCAAAAUGUUUUGCAACACUGAGUAGCAAACUCAGGAUGUUGAGCUUUGGAGGAAACAAACUCCGAGGUCAUAUCCCUGCUACUAUAUUCUCAAAUUCAUGUGCACUAAGAUAUUUGGGUCUAAAUGACAAUUUCUUGGAAGGGAGCAUACCAAAAACUUUGGUCAAUUGCAAUCAACUAGAAGUCCUAAACCUUGGAAAUAAUGCUUUAAGUGACAGGUUUCCAUGUUUCUUGGGCAAUAUUUCCACCUUGAGAGUCAUGGUUUUAAGGUCUAAUAAGCUCUACGGGUCUAUUGGGUGCCCAAAUAGCACAGGUGAUUGGGAUAUGCUUCAUAUUGUCGAUCUAUCAUCCAAUAAAUUUAGUGGAAUGAUACAAGGAACACUGUUAAAGAGUUGGAAGGCAAUGAUGCGCGAUGAAGGCGCAUUUGGGCCAGAAUUUGGCCAUUUGUUUUCUACAAUCAUUGAUAACAACAAUCCUCCUGUGAGUUUGAAGGCUGUGUUACCACUUCUGAACAAAUAUCUGGCAAUGAAAUUUGUUAAACUUGUUGGAAACGUGUCCCGCUCUAUUCUUGACGAGGGAUUUGCUGCUUUCGUUACAUUGGACCUUUCUCGUUAUCAAGAUUCAGUUAUUCUUGUCUACAAAGGUCGGCAGAUGAAGCUUUCCAAAAUUCAAAUGGCAUUCACUUAUGUGGACAUGUCAAACAACUACCUGGAGGGGCCAAUACCCAACGAGCUAACGGAAUUCAAGGCACUUCAUGGUCUGAACUUGUCACAUAAUGCACUUAAGGGUCAUAUACCAUCAUCUGUGGGGAAUUUGAAGAACCUUGAGUCUUUGGACUUGUCAAGCAACUCCUUCAAUGGAGAGAUUCCUCAAGAGCUUUCAAGUCUAUCUUUCCUAGGAUAUCUUAAUCUCUCGUUCAAUCACCUGGAAGGGAAAAUUCCAUUGAGUACUCAAAUCCAAACAUUUGAUGCAGAUUCCUUUGAAGGUAAUGAAGGGUUAUGUGGUCCUCCACUAAUCAUAAAUUGUAGCAAAGAUGGAGUGCAAGGGCUGCCUCCAUCUCAUUCUCAAAAUGAGAAUUCAAUUGAUUGGAACUACCUGAGUCUAGAGUUGGGAUUUAUUUUUGGCUUUGGAAUUUCUAUUCUCCCCCUUAUCUUCUGGAAGAAAUGGAGGUUGUGGUAUUCCAAACAUGUAGAUGUGAUGCUUUACAGGAUCAUCCCACAACUUGAUUUUCAGCUUGAACAGCACGAAGGGAAGAUGUAUAAAAUUUUGAGGUGGAGGUACUGA